AUGGCCCGACUAAAACAGGUUAUCUUACUAGCCUUCUUGUGUGCAGUUAUUGGAUCGUAUGGGCUGUACGGAAUGAAUGAAGUAGAGCCGCCAAGUCCAAGCGCAAUGGCCACCAUCAUGAAAUCAGUUGGCUUUAGUUUUGUUGGUAUGAAUUACAACCUACAAACUACAUUUGCUGAACCUAAGCAACUACAGACUUCAGCUCCUACUUCUAACCCACAGCCAACCCAACCCAAACUUGUAGUUGAGUUAUUGAAGAGGGAUAUACGCUUUGGCCUAUGUAAAUAUUCAAAUGCAGCUGCGGCCGAGGCGGCUUUGCUUGAAUUAAAACGAAUUGCUGUUAUCAGAUGCGAAAACGUUAUUAUCAACUGUGCAUUACCCGAUUUAAACUGCCAAGAGAAGAGUUUGCAAAUUCUAUCUCGAGUUGUUAACAUGAUUGAUUGUUGGGUUCUAGAACUUUUUGUUCAUUCCCGCCUCAAGGAUCAGCCACAAAACAAUCACCUCUAUAGGAACAUCUGUCGCUCAGAAGCACAGGAUGCAUUCGACCAGAUUGACUAUAAACUACCAUGUUUCCUUAACCUUUCCAGUGAAACGAGUAUAAGCCUCUCAGGCUUCAUUUCCAGUGGCAUUGUCUUACAACGGCCAAUUUCAACCCUUUUUUUAUCCGAUAAAGAUUGCAAGGCCAUCUCUUUUCUGAACCAACUGCCGCUCAAACCCAACUACUCCCUUAUCAUCCAAUUUUUGUCCAGCGUAGGUGGGGUUGAUUUUAGCUUUCUUCAAAACCCAUCCACAACCUGCGGUAAGAUCACCAUCAUCACUCGCCAGCAGAAUAAGAUUACUUUGACUGGUCUUACCAAUGCAGUUGAUAAACAUCCGACUCUAACUCUACAAUUGAGCUGGCCCGCACUUAAGUAUCUAAGUGAGCACAAUACUUCUUCAAUUAACGUUCAUACCAUUAACUGCCAGGGAGUCACCCCCAACUCUAUCCGGCCGCUGCCUUCUCUCCAACAAGAACAAGAGCCCCGCAUAUUUGCUACUGUGAUCGUUUCCCAAAUCUCAACCUCUAUGCCGUGCAACUCAAUAGAUUCCCACCAGGGCCUCUACACCCCAGAAGUCUAUGCAGAACACGGCAUCAUAGUUAAGAGUGCCAAAGUCCAGUAUAUGAACGAACGCAGUGACUUAUAUCGAACCAUGGACGUAUUUAGAUCGGUCGGGGCUUUAGAAGAUGUACCAGAAGAGAUUGUGGCCGACGAUAUUACUUGUUGUGGCGACGCACUUAGUGAUCCAAAGUGGACACUCCAGGAGCCAGUUAGUAUUUCACUUAACCACGACGAAUUAGCCCCCUGCCUUAAGGAGUACCAAUCCAGAUACGUAUGCUUCUGCCAGAAUAUACACUACACAACCCUUGAAAUCAAAGGUAUUAAAGAUCCAGCCCAAAAACUAGUCAAAAGAUGUCUUGACCUCCUAGUUUUGUUCCAAAACAUUACCGCCAACGAACUUUGGAUUUCAGAUAUCCGCGACAAAAACCGAACCAACACCAACUUUGACCUGAGAAGACUAAAGGAAACAGCAGCCAAACGGCCCCAAUAUAAACUCCACGUCAAAGCUCUCUGGCUAGACAAUGUCGAUGAUCAGAUUCUCUACUGGAUAUUCGGACACUACAUCUUUACCCAAGAGAUGGACGUAUACAUUCUGAACAAUGCCCUGAAGAACCUUGCAAUCGCCCAGCUUCUUUCCCAGCCCAUAGGCCAGAAUAUUGACAACCUCCUGCUUAUUGACUUCACCGAAUUGGAUGAAGUUGUGCAUUUCAGGCAACAAGCCCAGCUCAAGACAUUCUCAUUAUUCAAAUACGUAGAAGCAGCCAAACAAGAAGGCAAAACCCCCCAAACUCUUGGCCUACACAAACUGCACUUGUUUCCACAGUUUGACGAUCCCAAGCCGUACAGCGAUGUCCUGUCCAAACUUUGGGAGUAUGGAAUCCAUCUUUCAGCCGUGCCAUUCCCCGAGUUCAUCACCAGCCCGACCACAUAUACUAUCCACGCCAAACUAAUGGACCAGCCCGACUUUAAACUUUACAACGUCACGCUAGAAGCUUUAAAAGCUGAUUUUAUCCACCACCAAGCUAACCCAACCGCCACCGAUUCAGACUCUCUGCCAAGAGGAUCAGUUAAUGAACUCGACCUACAGUUUAGCGACACCCAGAUGUUAACGGCAGAAGACCUAGUAACUAUUAUCCGCUGGGUCGCAGGCCGCUUUAAGGACAUAACUACCUUACAACUAGUCAAUGCUAAGAUGACCAAAAAGGAGCGAGCAGAAUUCACAGCCCGGAACUACUUGAUCAUCGACCUAGACUCGCUCAAGAGCAUUCUUCUAAAGAGUGAGGUGCCAAACACUCCACCCAUAGAGUUACUAACCCGGCCUUACCAUUUUAGUUUAUUAGCCCAAUACGCCACUCUUCCCCAACGAAUAUCUAUUGCCGUGUCAGCCACAACUUUACUCCAACUUGCCAGCAACACCGCCCAUUUUGACAGUCUCAUCCCUCCACACUCUUCCCCCAAUUCAUCCAUCCAAAGAGCGUCCAGAGACAUCAAGAAAGCCCAAACCAACAUUAUGUGCCCAGUUUGCUGUAAAGAGCUUUAUGUGCCCAAUCUAGAAAACGGAGUAGAUACUACCCAACCCGACCCCGACAAUAACUUCCCUGUACUGUGCUACCUCAAAUGUGGUAAGCCCAUCUGCAACCUAUGUGUGCUCGGUAUUGCCGAUGGAGAUCCCAUUGAUUCAAAGGUCUGUCCAUAUUGCCGAGAGCCAAAUAUGUGCGACCAGCUACACCAAAUUAUAAGUGCACCCCCAUCUAUCUUCACUAUUGCCCAGGGCAGUACAACCGCACCCAACACCCAGCACAGGUGGAUCACAAGCAAGAUCUGGCACACCGGCCAAAUCUAUCUAUGUAUUUCCUACAAGCAACAACCCAACAUCACCACUCUACAGAAAGAAGAGUCAACCAUCACCGCCAACCCAAUCUAUCUCAUUUAA